CCUCACACCAUGCCCGCUCACUGAUCCCCGGACAGCCUGCCCUCCCGUCCGCCCCGCUUUCUGGACUUAUGGACGAGUCGGCAGUGGCUGAUCAUGCCUAGGAAAGGGAAUGGCCAGCUACCUUUACCGGACGGCUGGGAAGAGGCCAGAGACUACGACGGCAAGGUGUUCUAUAUCGACCACAACACCCGGCAGACCAGCUGGGUAGACCCCAGAGACAGGUUAACGAAACCUUUAUCGUUUGCUGACUGCGUUGGGAAUGAGCUACCUUGGGGAUGGGAAACUUCCUAUGAUCAACAAAUCGGAGUCUACUUUAUUAAUCAUAUUAAUCAAUCCACACAGAUAGAAGAUCCACGUAAGCUAUGGAGGAAUGAACAGGAGCGAAUGCUAAAGGACUAUCUUAUGGUGGCACAAGAUACCUUAAGCACUCAGAAAGAGCUUUAUCAUGUGAAGGAACAAAGGUUGGCACUUGCCCUGGAUGAAUAUGUGAGGCUAAAUGACGCCUACAAAGAAAAGUCUAGCUCACGUACAAGCUUAUUUUCAGGUUCGUCUUCCAGUACCAAGUAUGACCCUGAUAUCCUUAAGGCAGAGAUCUCCACAACAAAAGUCAGGGUCAAAAAGUUGAAGAGGGAGCUAUCACAAAUGAAGCAGGAACUACUGUACAAGGAGCAGGGCUUCCAGACAUUGCAGCGCAUUGACCAAAAAAUGUCCGGAAUACAGAGCGGCUAUGAGCUGAAGGAAGCCAAGGAUAUCCUCUCUGAGCUGAAGAGAAUAAGGAAGGCCAUAAGCACUGGAGAGAAAGAGAAGCAGGACCUGAUGCAGAGUCUUGCGAAGCUCAAGGAAAGGUUUCAUCUAGAGCAAGGCAGAGGAAGAUCAGAGCCAGACUUGACGUCCAGCCUCACAAACUCUCAUUUGUCUCUGUCCAGACAGAAACUGGACGCUGGUUCACAGACUGAUAUUUCUGAUGAUAUUGGAAUGAGGAGCAGAUCGACUCUUGCAGAAAUGGUCAGGCUGAGCCUGCAGUAUGAGGAGGCGAAGAGAAGUAUGGCCAACCUGAAGAUUGAACUAGCAAAGCUGGACAGUGAGGCUUGGCCUGGGGCCCUGGAUGUGGAGAAAGAGAAGCUUCUGCUAAUUAAUGAAAAGGAGGAACUACUGAAGGAGCUACAGUUUGUGACUACACGGAAACGAUUUAGUGAAUAUCCAGUGCUUGGCGCAGCUCAAGUUCAGCUAAUUCUGAGAUAUGAUUCAGGAAAUGCCAGCUUUGUCAUGAUUAUUGGAGAGGCAAGAUACCAUCCCUCCCGGGUCCAAUAUGAUUCCAGAGUAUAUUUCCGGGUUGCCAUUCUUCCAUCGUCGGGUGAUAUGAGUUGCCUCUUUCGGACCAAAGUAUACCCUGCAGCAGAAACGGUGGUGUUUAAUGAGCUCUUCAGAGCCUCUAUUUUACAGAGUGCUCUGCAGCAGAAGAUUCUAAGAGUGGACGUGUGUUCGGCUGGAAGAUCUCAUCGAGAAGAGUGCCUGGCUGGUAUCCAGAUCAGUUUAGCAGACUUGUCUUUAACAAAUGAAGCAUAUACAAGAUGGCACACUUUGAUGCCCUGCCGACACAUAUCUCAUCAAACGGUUCUCCCUGAAAAGUCAGUAUUAGAGGCCAGAGAGACACAGGCUGCUGCAGUGAAUAUGGAUGCUGUGUCAGCAUUGCUUGUGAGGACAUCUGCGGAGCUGGAAGCGGUGAAGCGUGAAUUAGCCCAGGUAGAGGCAGAUGAAGAGGAUCAGGAGCAGACAUGUUUGGGAGAGGAAUGGUUGGAACUACAGGGAGAAGAGGCAUUUGAUGCUAUUGUUGAACCUGGGGCCACAGAACACAUGAAUGAGUAUUACUCUCCCCCAUUGCAAUCAUCUACUGACCCAGAAGAGCCCCAAGCAGAAUCUUAUGAUGGAACA